CGCGUAUUUCAAGCCUUCGAAGUCCGUUACUUGAAAGAUGGAAAGCUCCCAUUAAGCCUUUUGACAGUUAUUGCGUUGCGCAAGCUUCAAAAGGACUUACAAACAGCAGUGAUAGCUGGUAUCUUCGCAGUCUCUACUUAAGAUGGAAAUUCUCACCCCCAUUAAGCCUUUUGACAGUAAUUGCGUUGCGCAAGCUUCAAAAGGACUUACAAACAGCGAAUGAGCGAGACUUGAAUAGUAUAUUUGACCACUUUACACCUAUCAAUUUUUAUAAAAGAUUUGAUUUAUCAUAUUUGCAACGCGACUUAGCAGAACAGGGACUUUGUGAAUUUCUCACUAGGGUUGCUACAGGGAAUUCAAAAUAUAAGGAAAAAGCAAAGGAUAUUUUACAAAAUCUCCACCUUUCAAUAAAAUCACGAUCCGUUGAAGAAUACUGGGAGAGAAUAAAAAUUUUGAAAUUGAAACGACAGCUACAUAACACCAAAAAGUUAAAGUAUUUAGAAGAGAAGGCAGAAAUACUUGACAAUGAAAAACGAGAGCAAUUAGACAACCAAAGGAUAGAAGUCGGUAACUUUUCAGACUGUGGUGAUAAUUUGAUAGAUCGUGAAGAAAUUUCUCAACAAAAGGCGCGGAUACGAAAACAAAUU